UUGUUAUGUAGGCUAGUGUACAUCGGGCAUGAUGCUGUAGUGUAGGCUAGCGAGGCCUACAUCAGUACAUGAUGUAGUGUGGAUCAACUUGAUCAUCUGUAUGACAGUGUGUCGGUAUUGAAGUUUCACCUUGAUGAUUUAACAUGGUCAGGUGAAAGCUGCAAAGUGAAACUGAGACCUUGCAUAAUGGCAGUAUAUUCUGCCAGUAAGAACAGUGUUGAUCUUGCGAUCGACCCGCUCAUCACCUGUCGCCUAUGUCUUGCCGAAUGUGCAUUAAUUGACAUGUACGAGUUGAUCGACUGCCGGUGCCUUUAUUGUAGAUCAUGUAUGACCCAGUAUCUGACCAUCCUCAUUUCUGAGGGAAACAUAAUGUCCAUCACAUGUCCAGAUGCUCAUUGUAAGAAGCAGGGCCAGUUGGAGGCAGCUGAGAUCCAGCGUCUGAUAGAACCACACAUUUAUGAAAAAUACUGUCGGCUAAAGUAUCAAAGAGAGGUGGAGAAUGAUCCGUGUCGGACUUGGUGUCCUGAAGCAGGAUGUGAGACUGUUUGCCAUGUCUGUCCAGUUCCUGCCAGCUCCAGUGGUGCCUCGGGGGAAGCACCGCCUAUCAUAUCUAAACCUGUCCAUUGUCCAACAUGUGGUCUUAUGUUCUGCUCAAUCUGCAAAUCAAAGUGGCAUGCUGGACAAACCUGUGAUGAACAUAUCCACAGUGGUGCCGCAGAUGAUCAUGGUGGUAUACCGUUCAACACGAAUGAUGACUCGGAGAUCAAGCGAUGUCCACUGUGCCAUGUUCCGAUUGAGAGAACAGACGGAUGUGCACAGAUGAUGUGUAAACGAUGUAAACAUGUCUUCUGCUGGUACUGCCUUGCCUCUUUAGAUGAUGACUUUCUGCUGCGACACUAUGAUAAAGGACCAUGUAAAAACAAAUUAGGACACUCUCGAGCGUCUGUGAUAUGGCACAGGACACAGGUCGUUGGAAUAUUUGCUGGGUUCGGUGUCCUGCUGCUUGUGGCGUCUCCGUUCCUGCUGCUGGCGGCGCCAUGCAUCCUCUGCUGUAAGUGUAAGUGGAGCAAGUGCUGUGAUGAUGAAGAUGGCGAUGCGACAACGUCGUGACAAAUUUCAAAAUUAGUGCAAUUUCGUGUUGGAUAUUUGCUCGCUUGAAAGUAAGAAUGGACCAAGUACAAGGAAGUUAUCCUGUGAAGGAAAUCUAAAACUGAUAUCCAAAUGUGACAAAAUUCGACACGUACUGAGCAUGUCUGGUUAUUUCAGCGCAAGGAGCCUCAUCAUUAACAAAGUUGACAUCCUGACGCUGUCGCGGUGACAUUUUCUCGUGUGUGGAUAGAAUGAGAGAGACUUGAGAUCAUCCUAAUGUCAAUAUGACAUUAUUUGACAUUUUGCUGUGUUGAUGGAUCUAUUCCGGUACAUUUAGGUGCUGUGUGCUGUAAAACUGCAUCAGACCAUGCAAAAUUUUGUUUGUAUUUUAUGGCUAAGUUCAAACUGAACAUCAGGAACAAAAUUUCCAGGGAUAUUUUGUACCUUUCUUGAAAGUGUUUUGUGUCCAUUUAUUGAAAUAUUGAGAAAAUGUGUUGCCCUUUUCUUUGUCCAUGUUCUGUUGUUGCAUUGAUGAGGCUUACUCAAUCUUGUUCAAAAAUCUCUUUAUGCUUUUGCCAGGAAUUUCCCACAUUGUAUUCUCAAGUGUUGCAUGUAAAGCAUCGGUUUAUAUAAAGAAACUGCUUGACGCUACCUUACAGUUGGAUGUUUUGGGGAAAAUAUUUCAGUUAUCAUGCUCUUGAAUAAUGAUUUAAAGACAGAGUUUUUACAAUGUAGCCUAAAGUUGACAAAAUCUGAACAGAAAUCUGAAGUGGUGCUUAUUGUAGGUAAAAUUUACUAGGUGGUAGGCACAGAUUUAUUUACAAUGUAAAAAUACUAAGGAUUUAACUAAAUUGUUCAUAUUUCAUGUCAAAUCAAAACAUUAUGUUGCAAGGCCAUGGGGAACCUAUAGAGGUUUUUAGUCGUAUAUUUCUUUACAAAAUUUUAAUGGUCUUUCCAUUACUAUCAACACUUUCUAUUUUCAUAGUGUAUUUCUGUAUACAUGUAUGGGGACACGUUUGUGGAAGAGGGUGCCACUCUAACAUUCCUAUUUUAAAUUGUUUUGAAAGAGUUUUUAAAGUUUACUCUUAAGAAGUGCUGAAUUACUGGCAGAAGCACACUAUGCUUUGUGUUUUGUGUACCAUACUUUCAGGGAUUUUUCCUUGAAUCAUUAGCACAGAGAACAGUUGAUAUUCACUUGUUACGAACAAAUUUGCCUCUGUCCUGGCACAAAGAAAUGGAGGAAUAAUUGCAUACACAAUAUGUACAUUGAGAUUGUUAGUUUACCUCUCAAAUCAAAAGUUAACAACCAGGUGGUGUACAUCGGUUAUGUCACGCUGGUUUUUGAAGUCACGGCAGCACAACCUAUCUGUAAAUUUUUUACACACAGAAUUUCUUUCUUCCUUCAGGAGACAUAGACAUGAAAUUCUGGCUUAUGGAAUAUUUUUAUAUUUACAAUGUUUAGUACACUUGAAAGUGUGUUGCAAAUCUAGUCAUAUGUUGAAUAUACCCUUAUUUCACCAAAAUAAGACCAAUGAUUGAUUGCAUCAUUUGUGUAAUGUCUAGUUUUGAAUUGAAUAUUCAGACCUGGUCUUAGAUUGGUGAAACUAGAGUAGUCCAAAGGGUAACGGGCUGCAUAAGUCCUUUGGUGCUGGGUUUUUAAUGCUUGGAAAUAAUUUUACGUUUCAUAAACCCAGACUGAUAGGAAUGUAGAGUAAACGAUGAACACGCUUUUAGAAAAAAUUAAUAUAAAUUUUAAGUUUAAUUAAUAUCAUAAAAACUGGGAUUUUCUUUUAAAUAAGCUUGAUGUUUAUUUCAGAAUGAUUUGUGUGAUCCUUUUUCAUGUUGUGUUCAGAGACACUGUAUUUUAGUCUAUUCGUGCCUCUUCAGUAUUACAUGUAAUGUUUUGUUAUACUUUGCCGUAAUUAUCUGUUUGUUCAAUGUAUUUGUUCAUUAUUUAUCUCAGUUUAGACAAUUUGUUGUCAGAUGUGGGUUCGUUGGGCUAUGCUAGCAUGGUUCAACUGUAUAUUUCAAUAACAGAAACACUGUAAUCUUGUGGCGUUGUUUUUCCUUGAUGAUUAAUACAUGUAUUGCUCUAUCAAUCAAUUGGUUUAGGGUAAAAAAGCACUGUAUAAAAGUCAUGUUACUUGACAUUCUUCUGGAAACCAAGAAAAUGAUGUUCAUUCUUGAUAUAACUUUGCGUUUGUCCUCUAUGCGGAGCUGUCUUCCAUUAGCAUGUGGAUCAGAUGUGCAGCUUAUUGUUCUCUGAAGUAACAGCUUGAUGUGUGGUCAUGUCAUGCUAAAUUGACCAAAGCCAGCUUCGUCAGGCAUUCUUGUCUUGCUUGUGGCACAAUCCAGCUGCAGAUCUGCCAUUUUGUUAUCACCAAGGAGAUGAAGCAAGAUAUUUGGCAACGUGUCAGCUUUGAUUUUGGAAAAGUCGUUACCACAGCUUCUUUAUGUCUGUUGUUUCAGGAAAAAGUAGAUGUACAGAUGUAUGCAAGUACCGUACAUAUACAUUCAGCUAAAGAAAAGGUUCAAAAAAUGUAGGUCCUACAUUGUAUUUCAUUAUCACAAUCCUUCCGAAUUUAAGUUUGCAACUUUUUGGUGAUUUACCACUGCUUUUGUAGCCUUCAUGCAUGCAAAUCUAAACUGCCAGGUUUCAGGCAGCUUUUGUAAAAGGAUGUAGUACAAUAAAUGACACCUUGAUGAUUA